AUGGCCGCCCAACUCUCCAACGGGUCGGCAACACCCAAGCCCGCAUCCGCCGGCCGCGGCCUUUCGAUAGGAAACCUUCCCAAGACAUGGACCUACACAUCGUCCCUGCCACCUGAUUCCCUCUUCCCGACCCCGGCCGACUCCCACAAGACCCCUCGCGACCAGAUUGCCCCGCGCGGCGUCCGCAAUGCCGCCUUCACAUGGGUCCGCCCCGAGACCGCUGAGGACCCCGAACUCCUCGCCGUCAGUCCUGCUGCCAUGCGCGACAUUGGCAUCCAGGAAGGUGACGAGAAGACGGAGGAGUUCCGCCAGACCGUUGCUGGGAACAGGCUACACGGCUGGGACGAGGAGAAGCUCGAGGGAGGAUACCCAUGGGCGCAGUGCUACGGCGGGUUUCAGUUCGGGCAGUGGGCCGGCCAGCUCGGUGACGGUCGCGCCAUCUCGCUGUUCGAGACAAGGAACCCCGACACCAAUGUGCGAUAUGAGCUGCAGCUGAAAGGCGCAGGCAUGACGCCGUACUCGCGGUUCGCCGACGGUAAAGCUGUUCUGCGGUCAAGUAUCCGCGAGUUUGUGGUUUCUGAGGCGCUCCAUGCGCUCAAGAUUCCAAGCACGCGCGCGUUGUCUCUGACGCUGUUGCCCAAGUCCAAGGUCAGGCGUGAGACUGUCGAGCCGGGUGCGAUCGUGCUGCGGUUCGCGCAGUCAUGGAUCCGUCUAGGAAACUUUGAUCUCCCCCGCGCAAGGGGUGACCGUGCUAUGAUCCGUACCCUGGCGACAUACGUUGCCGAAGACGUCCUCGGUGGCUGGGAAACACUCCCCGCGCGCCUCGAGAACCCAGACAAGCCCGGCGAGUGCCUCGAACCCGCCCGCGGCGUCCCCGCGACAGACGUCCAGGGCCCCGAGGACUCGGCCGAAAACCGCUUCACCCGGCUCUUCCGCGAGGUCGCUCGCCGCAACGCUCUAACGGUCGCGAAGUGGCAAGCUUAUGGCUUUAUGAAUGGCGUGCUGAACACGGACAACACUUCCAUCAUGGGCCUGAGCAUCGACUUUGGCCCCUUCGCCUUCAUGGACAACUUCGACCCGGCUUACACGCCAAACCACGACGACCACCUCCUGCGGUACAGCUACCGCAACCAGCCAACCAUCAUCUGGUGGAACCUGGUGCGCUUCGGCGAGGCGAUGGGCGAGCUUCUCGGCGCCGGUGCCGGCGUGGACGAGGAUGCGUUCGUCAACAACGGAGUUGAAGAGAGCGAGUCCGAGACCCUCAUCGGGCGGGCUGAGAAGCUCAUCAUGCAGGUUGGCGAGGAGUACAAGGCGGUCUUCAUGGCGGAGUACAAGCGCCUCAUGACGCAGCGUCUGGGGCUCAAGAACUUCAAGGAGAGCGACUUCGACGAGCUCUUCAGCAACUUGCUGGACACGAUGGAGACGCACGAGCUGGACUUCAACCACUUCUUCCGCCGCCUGAGCUCCGUCAAGCUGUCGGACAUCGCAGACGAGGAGGCCCGCCGCGAGACGGCUGCGCGCUUCUUCCACGCCGAGGGCGCUGCGGGCGGCGAGAACAAGGGCCGCGCGGACAUUGGCGCAUGGCUGGGCAAGUGGCGCGCGCGCGCCGUCGAGGACUGGGGCGAGGACGCCUCCCAGGAUGUUGAGCGCGAGAAGGCUAUGAAGGCGGUCAACCCUAACUUUGUGCCGCGCGGCUGGGUGCUUGAUGAGAUUAUCAAGCGGGUGGAGAAGGAUGGAGAGAGGGAUGUGCUGAGGCGGGUGAUGCAGAUGGCGCUGCAUCCCUUUGAGGACAGCUGGGAUGGCAAGAAUAUUGAGGGACAGGAGUAUAAGGGAGACAAGGCGGAGGAGGAGCGAUGGGUUGGGGAUGUGCCUAAGUUGAAGAGAGCUAUCCAGUGUAGCUGCAGCUCUUAG